UGCAUGCAGUUGCUGUCCGUCGAGUGCGUCGAGCGGAGCGAGGAGGUACGAGGUCGGGAGUCUCGCGUCCCGGGAGUGCGAGAGCUCGACCGUGGGAGGGACUAACCUAGAAGCGAGAAGUCGUGCCCAAAGAGAGUCAUCCCGGUGCAGGAGGGAUUCAGGAGGGAUUUCGGAGGGAUGCAGCGGGCGGAAUGCCCCUGAGCGGCGACCGCCCUCGAGCCGGCGAGGAGCGGCUAGCCAAUCGGCGGCGCGGAUCGGCCACCUCUCGCCUUCCCCCGGAGCGACGACGCCGACGGACCGACCCGGUCGAUGGCGACGCGGGGCCCUCCUAACCUCCCAACCUAUGUCCAGGUCCGCCGUUCGCGCUCGUGGCACGUGGAGGUGCGAAUCCCGUCCGCGUGACCGCGUCGGGAGGCGCGGGGACUGUGCAUCGUCCAGAACUGAACGCUCGCGGCGAGGGAAGAGCGCCGACUCGGGGUGAAGUUAAGUUAGGUUAAGUCGGCUUGUGAUCCGGCUCGCGCGCCCCAGGAAGUCGCGCGUGGAUGUGCCGCGUGGAUCGCGGUGACGGAAAGAGGCGACGGCGCCGAGGAAAACGGCGCAAGUCGUGGACCCUCCUGUUCAUUGGGAAUGCCCAGGCUGUGCCAGGGCUCGGAGGGUCUCGAGUCUGGACUGGAACUCCUUGGCUGGUCGGAGUAUAGGAGAGCGAGCCACAUCGGGGGAGCCCCGAAGGAAGAUGAGCAUCAUCGUGUACACCCUCUAUGGCUUUGCAGCGUUCUUCAUGAUAUUCUGGGUUGCUAUGUGGAUAAUCCACGUACUGGCACUGAUCGCGGGAAGGUGGAAGCUGCACAGAAAGGUGGCACAGAUGCCCAGCUACGAGACACCCCUGCCGGGAGUGUCGAUCGUCAAGCCGCUGAUGGGGGUCGACCCGAACCUUUUCGCCAACCUGGAAACCUUCUUCACGAUGAACUACCCAACGUACGAACUGUUGUUCUGCGUCGAGGACGAUUCGGAUCCAGUUCUGAUGCUGAUACACAAGCUAAUGGAGCAUUAUCCCGAAGUCGACGCCAAAUUAUUUGUCGGGGGAUGCAACGUCGGCGUCAACCCCAAGAUUAACAAUAUGCAGCCAGCGUACGAGGCGGCCAGGUACGAGCUGAUCAUGAUCAGCGACAGUGGCAUCAGGAUGCGGGAGGACACCCUGCUGGAUAUGGUGAAUCAUAUGACGGAGCAAGUAGCCCUGGUCCAUCAAAUGCCAUUUACCUGUGAUCGGGAGGGCUUUGCCGCGGCCUAUGAAAAAAUUUUUUUUGGAACGGUUCAAUCCAGAGUGUACCUGGCCGCGGACGUUCUUAGGAUAAACUGCCAUACCGGCAUGUCGGCUCUACUAAGGAAGGCACCGUUAGACGAGGUCGGAGGUCUUAGGGUAUUCGGUGUAUACCUGGCGGAAGACUUCUUCUAUGCCAAGUCGCUACUCGACAGAGGUUGGAGGAUCACGGUGUCGUCGCAACCUGCCAUGCAAAACAGUGGUCACUGUGAGCUGCACUCCUUUCAGGCCAGGCUCCGCAGAUGGGCGAAGCUGCGAGUCGCCAUGCUGCCUUUGUUCAUCAUCCUCGAGCCUCUCAGUGAGUGCCUGGUCAUAGGAGCUUGUGCCUCCUGGGCAGCGAGCGUUCUCUUUGAGUGGGACUCUUUGGUCUUCUAUCUAGUGCAUGUGCUUCUGUGGUUCAUGUUUGACUGGACGCUGUUGUGCGUCGUGCAGAACGGACCUUUGCCGUUCAAUAAACUGGAGUUCGUGUGUGGCUGGUUGUUGAGCGAAGCCACUAGGCCGUACCUCUUCCUUCAGGCGUUACUCGAUCCUCUGAUCCAGUGGCGCUCUCGGGUCUAUAGGCUCAGAUGGGGUGGCGUGGCCGAAGAGGUCAAAGCUAAGGUGAAGUAUUGAGGACCGAAGCACCUGUUUCAUUGACCUGGACUGUGCCGGGUGUACAACGAUCAGAUCAAGGUGUGUGUACAUUGUGUACGAUAUGUGUAAUGUACAGGGUGCCUUUGAAUUAUACCGUGGUAUUGUUACAAGUCAAUCUGAAAUGUUACGCCUGUGACGAAAAGGUUUAAUUUUCUUGUAUGUUUUGAAGAAGGUGACUAGAAACACCUUCAGUCACUUGGGUCUUUUUAGCAUCGCGUUUUAAACUCGUUUACAUAUUUAUCUCAUUUUUCAUUAGAGUUUAGAAUCGGAGCAAUCACAGAAUGCACAUCAAACAUGUUUCGCGAAAAAACGCGCAGCCGCAAAGAAAACAAAUUAAUAUCAGGUGAUACUGUGACAUUUGAGGAGGCUUCAGAUGAGUACCACAGGAUUUUUCACGCACCUUGUACAUGCGGCAUCUAUACGGUGAAGAUAUAUGUGUAUAUAUACAUGAUACGAAAGGGUAUAUAUUACAAACUAGAGGCGCUCGUAUGCAUUCUUCCCAUAAAUAUACACGUAUAUUUAUGUACUUUUAUAUUUAUGAAUGAAUAGAGCGUAUGCGAUCAAAGGUAUGAAAAGAUAUGCAAGUAUAUAAAUAUAUAAAUACAUUUAUGUGCAUAUAUGAAGAAGGCAUGCCUGCGCCUUGAAAGCGUGCCGAGAGAUCACGCACUGAUAUUUCCAAGUAUUCGCGGCGUGUUCGACCUCAGUGCAAUGACGCGAAAGCAAGGAACUGGUUUACCUACAAUAGGUAUUAUUAGUGCUUAAGACGGUUUUCAAGUUUUCCAUUACCGGUGAUGCGAUUUCGAAUCUCGCGCGGUUACAAGUUGAGUAACCGCGGCCAUGCGCCAUUGGUCGGCGGAUCGUGACAUCGACGCCGACCAAUGGCAGACCGCGUUGUGAAUAAGCAAGGUUGGGUACGCGAUGCGAAACCUGUAGCGUCGUCUCUUUUAUUUUUUUAUCCUUUAUUUCACGUAUUUAUUUCCAAAUAGUCCAGAGGUUUUUUUUAGCAUUUCACGUUAUAACGUGGUAGAACGUGCUCAAAACGAAAAGGCGAACGUCCUAAUUAUAACUGGCAUUUACUCUUCUUCAUUAACCAUGGCUAAUUCGCGAUCGCGGGCUCGCUCGUCGGUCGAGAACAGACCUUAUGAUUAAUUCUUUCGUUCCGUCCGCGUUUUCACUUGUUAAAUUUUUUUUUAUUAUUAUGCACAUUGCACAUAAUCACCCAACCUUGGCGAGCGGAGGAAAGAAUAGGCGGUCUAGUUAUUUCGUACUACCCGGCACUACUGGGCCGGCGGGAAAACAAGAUGGCGCCGUUCGCAGCUCAGAGGGACGCCAUGACUCGCGUAGAUGUGAUAAAAUGGUCUCUUUAGUUUUUUAACGUAAAAGAGUACGUCUAGUUUCAUUUGUAUAUUUUUUCUCUUUCUCUCUAUCUCUCUCUUUAUCUCUUUCUUGUUUUUCGUCUCUUCGCGACAACUAGGUGUAAUUAAGCAACUCCGCGUGCGAGUGAUAAAAAUAACUUUUAUAUUUCGUAUUCCCGGGCCGGGUGGGAAACAAGAUGGCGCGCGGCUCGGGGAGCGCCCUGAUUGGUCGGCUGCGGAGCCAAUCAGAGCGGCCCCCGGCAGCCAAAUCACGUGGGCCUUGCGCGGUCCGAAAACGCGUCGCAAUAAUUACUUGUUACAUACGUCGCUUAUAUUUUGUAUAAUUCACUCUCGCUCUUAAGUUGAGGAACAAGGAACGACAAGACUUAGGGCCCAGGGACCACGCGAGGAUGCGAGGAACGGACGAGGAGUCAGAGUGUCGCGUGGGAGACGUUAAUAUUCGCAAGGUAUGGUUUUUAGGGAAGGAUGCGACCGUUCGGACGAUCGUAGCCACAAAAGUUGAGAUUCAUCUAGCCUUAAGUUUUAAGAGGACCCUUGUAAAGGGACUCGUUUUACUAUUUCUGUUUUUUUUUCUUUUUUUUUUUUUUUAACCACGCGAGUGUCGGACGGUGCGCGUUAUUGCGUUCUUUUUUUUUCGUCGUUUCGGAGGAUCGUCCGGUAAUGCUUGCACCGCGUUGCGUCCUUUGCAAGUGUUAAUUCAAGCGAGACAAUCGUAACGGUCGACAGUGGCUCAAUUUUUCGCGUCGUAACGACAAUCGCCACGUUGUCUCGCGUAGUCACAAGGACGGGGCAUUAUUUAAAAUGGGCCGGGGCAUUUCUUAGCGAAAAAAGAGACGGGAAGACCGACUGUCAUUGACUGAUGGUUUUCUCUGUUUAUAUUGGCAACUUUCUAUCUCUUGGCUGAGUCAUUAAGUGAGUCAUGGAAUUCCACGUACACUUUGACGAGUCAUCGCGCUAUCGAGGAAGCAUUUUCGACCGGUAGAUAUUAGCAGUACACGUGUUGUUUUAAAGUUGGAUGAGGUAUUUCUACAUGAUUACUCUGUAACGAUUAAAACGACGAGCGUUGAAUGCUACGCCUUGGGUUGUGAUUAUGCAAUAAUGCACUUUAAGUGGCGCUGCAUUCUUUACUCGAUUGCGUUUUUCUCUCGUGUCGAAACAAUUCUUGGGUAAUUAUUUAAUAAUACAUUUCUACUGUGUUCAAUACUCUAGCUUGGCUUGUGAUCGUACAAUUGCGUUGGUUCUCGAAGAAACGAGUAUUUUGUUCACUUGGUUAUGUUUGUCACGCACAAAAAUAAUUCAUGUACAAUCGUUUGAUUAUACGUCCACGGGUCUAAUUCUCCACUCUGGGUUGUGAUUGUACAAAAGCGUCUGUACUCGAAAUAGAAGAGUCACCGAGUUUAUUUUUUUUUCUCCAUAGUACGUACAAAGCGAAGGUGCUCGUAUCGAAUGCACAAAAUCUUUUGGACGCACAAUGUCUGUCAACAUAGAUCUAAGUACUAUUCCUCUGUGAUGGAUUAAUGACAAAUUUGGAAUUCGAGUGGUAUGCAUCAGGCUGUGAUUAUAGGGGAAUGUCCGUGUUAGGAGUACGAUAGUUUGUUCGUUUUAACUGCAUACAAGAUAACGUAUUUUUUUUUUUUAAUACUAAAAACUUAAAUUCCUUUAACGAUACAUCACCAUCGAUCGCAUAAUGCAACGAACAAAUGGUAAUAUAAAGGAAUCUUUUUUACAUGGGCUUACCGAUAAUCACGGGGGUCGGGUGACACUUAUUUUUGGUGGAUAUUGCAACAUUCAAAUGUCGAGAUAAAAAAAGAAAGCGAAGACGGUUACUUCGCGUGGAAUGUGACAGAUUUUAAAUUUCCUCGCAUCCGGCUGGUUCCUCUUAUGCAUAAUACGAGAAUAUUAAUAAGUAAUAAAUAAUUAGGUAGUAGCGAAGACGUCUCGCAACGCGCAACGGAUAUGUACAUACACACGACUCGCACAUACGAGCAGCAUUAUUUAUAAUUACGCACUGUGUAAAUAAAUGAAAAAGAAAAGAAGGGCAUCGGCUCUACUGUACAAAGUUCUCCGACAGUUUCUUUUCUUUUUCCUUUUCUCGUUCGGUUUUUAAUUCCAAGAUAUCGCGCGUCUCGGCCGAUAAGGAGCACGCGCGCGUUAUCUGGGAACGUAAGUUUAUACCGUGAAAUUUUCGUUCCUCGGUGAAGUUCCGGAGACCUCUUCGUCAACCUUUGAACGGCCGCCAUCUUUGACGCGAAGUUUAGUUUCGAUCGAAGGACGGCGCGAGAUCUGAGAGGUGUUUGCGAGAAAUUAAACGCGAAGGAGAAAACGUCGGCGAGUCUCGCGUCGGUCGGGUUUUAUCGGAAAAUCUCGCCUUUCUAAGUAUGAUUUCAAUAUUUAACGAGGAGCGAAGAGUUGGUCGAGGUGGUUGCAGGUUUUCAACUUUUUGGCGCUCCUGCAAGAUGGCGCUUUUCAAUAUGGCGCCUGGUCACGCGCGCAAUUUUCUACGCUUAUACACACGGCGGUUUUUCUACUCGUCGACUACUCUUUCCCGGGUAGCCGCGGCUCAAAAUCACCCCCCGCCACCUUGGCGAUUAUUUUUAUUCCAUUCGACUUUUCUAUCCUUAACGAAUAUUGAUAAGACGUGGAGAAGAGAGGGGACCUAAUCUCGAUUUAAGGCGGGUUUACGCGGGACGUUCAAACGGCCGACGUUUCACCUCGAAAGGGACUCUAUUAUUUUUUUUAUUCAUUUCUUUGGUCUCGCGGAGGCAGCGCCGUCGCGGGUAAAACCGCCUUUACGUUCUGGACGCGGGGAAAGCGGAGAGAAAGAGAGGCGUCGCGGUUAUUACUAAAUUCCUUUGAAUUUUCCCAAAACCGCCUUUAUAAUUCUCUGCCGGGCUUUUGCUACAUUCACGUGCCUUUUUUAUUCUUUUAUCUCUGGGGAUAGAAACGUAACGCUCUCUUUCGUGGCUUUCCUCGGAAUCCUCGGGACGUCUCUCUCUAUGAACGGAGGGAAUGAAUUUCGAGCGAUUUUACAUUAUAAGACCGGCGACAUUUGCGUUUAAGAUAAAUCUCGCGCGAACCUCGGAGUCGCUCCGUCAAGGGCCGCGCGGCCUUGAUCUCCUUCGCGGGAUUUGCCAAAUCGUCGUUGUACCCCGUUAAAGAUGUCCGGCAAAAAUUCACAAGUACUCAUAUAUUAUAAACAUAAUUUCUGACGAAAAUUUUCGUGAAUUUUUGUAAUUAAUAUAUAUUUUUUUUUUGUAUCCUAAUCCGAGGAUUUUAAAUCUCAAAAGAGCGGUGGAACGGAACCGCGGAGACGAAGCGACAUCGAGUUUCGACAAGGCGACGUUGUUACGUUAUUUAUUUGCGACAUUCGACGGCGAGUCUCGGGACGAGCCUCCGUUACUUUCUCGAUUUCCUUCCUUUUCCUUCGCGUAUCUCGAACUUGAGGACCAUUCUGACGAACUGCGGGCGAUCUGUACUAUCUCGAGGGUCUCCUCACUUUCCGGCUCGACGAGGAGAGGGAAGGAAAAUUCUCUCUCUCUCCUCGCCGAUGCAGGAGACUCGAGCCACCGACUCCGAUCUAUUGGAUCCUCGCGAUCGGUUCUACACUCGUGAAGAAUUUUCGAAAUAGAUCAUGCUUCCAGAA